AUGGCAUCAAAACUUCCAUUUCUCUCUCCGGCGGUCCCUUCACCGGAAACCCACCGGUCACAUUUCACUUCUCGCCAAAAUAUUCUCACUAUCACCACCAACUCCACUAGACAAACAUUACUGUCGGAAAAUAACAGAAACCAGACAUUUCUUUCUCCUCAAUUGCAUCCUCAAAAGAUCCCCAAGUUGACUCGAUCUGUAACUGUUAGAUCCAAUUUGAAUCUGAAUCUGACUUUCCCUCUUAUUUCUCCUACUGAUCCAUGGGGCAUGUGGACUGCAUUGUUCGCCACUGGGGCUUUCGGUAUCUGGUCAGAGAGGACUAAGAUUGGAAGUGCAUUGAGUGGUGCUUUAGUGAGUACUUUAGUUGGACUAGCAGCUAGUAAUUUGGGGGUUAUUUCAUGUGAAUCUCCUGCUUAUUCUAUUGUACUGAAGUUUCUGCUACCAUUGGCUGUUCCAUUGUUGCUGUUUAGAGCUGAUUUGCGUCGCGUAAUUCAGUCCACCGGGACGCUUCUAUUGGCUUUCUUGUUAGGAUCAGUUGCAACUACAGUUGGAACAGUAUUGGCUUAUUCGAUUGUGCCAAUGCGAGCACUAGGUCAGGAUAGUUGGAAAAUAGCAGCUGCUCUGAUGGGUAGACAUAUUGGUGGAGCUGUGAAUUAUGUUGCCAUUUCGGAUGCUCUUGGUAUAUCUCCAUCAGUUUUAGCUGCCGGGCUAGCUGCAGAUAAUGUUAUUUGUGCAGUGUAUUUUACAUCGUUGUUUGCUUUGGCAUCUAAGAUACCUCCUGAGUCUUCAACGUCAACCGAUGAUGCUGCAUUGAAUGGAGGGUCUGAGUCAGGAAACAAGCUUCCUGUUCUGCAGACUGCAACUUCCCUGGCUGUGUCAUUUGUUAUCUGCAAGGCUGGUGAAUAUAUCACAAAGUUCUUUGCAAUUCCCGGAGGUAUCCUGCCAGCCGUUACAGCCAUUGUUGUUAUCCUAGCAACUGCAUUCCCAGCCCAGUUCAAUCACCUUGCACCAUCUGGUGAGGCUUUGGCCCUGAUUCUGAUGCAGGUAUUUUUUGCUGUGGUGGGUGCAAAUGGAAACAUAUGGAAUGUGAUCAACACUGCGCCCAGCAUUUUCAUGUUUGCUCUGGUCCAGAUUGCCAUUCAUCUUGCUGUGAUCCUUGGACUAGGAAAGCUAUUUCGCUUCGACCGAAAGCUGUUGCUAAUUGCAUCAAAUGCUAAUGUUGGAGGCCCUACAACUGCAUGUGGAAUGGCCACUGCUAAAGGGUGGACUUCGUUGGUUGUUCCUGGCAUUCUUGCUGGCAUUUUUGGAAUUGCCAUUGCAACUUUUCUUGGCAUUGCUUUUGGAGUAAAGGUUCUUCAACACAUGUGA